AUGGCGUCAAGAUGGUUCUCCAGCAAAUCCUUCAAGCUCCGCCUCCGCAAGAAAACCCCCUCUGCGCCAUCCUCCUCCUCCACCAGCAGCAGCAGCAGCUACAUGGAAGCCUUCCGUCGCUUUGACACAGACGGCGACGGCAAGAUCUCGCCCUCCGAGCUUCGCGCAUUCCUCGCGUGGGCGGGCGACAGCGUGGCGGAGGGCGACGUGGAGCGUGUGAUGAGGGACCACGACUCAGAUGGCGACGGGUUUAUGGACUACGGGGAUUUCUUGAGGCUGAUGGAGAUGGAGGAGGGGGAGGAGGACCUGAGGAGGGCGUUCGAGGCGUUCGAGAGCGAGAAGGGGAGCGGGACCAUAACGCCGAGGGGGCUGCAGCAGGUGCUGGGGAGGCUCGGGGAGGAGAGGACGCAGGAGGAGUGCGCGGGGAUGAUUAGGUUUUAUGAUCUGGAUGGGAAUGGGGUUCUUGAUUAUCACGAGUUCCAGAGGAUGAUGACGAUGGCUUAAUUAAGAGUUAAUUACUAGCUAGACGCAAUGCGUGCCUAAUUAAGUUUUCUUGUGGUGGAUUGUAGUAGCUAGGGUUUGUUAGGGGUUUGUUGGGUGCAAACAUGGACCAUAACUAAUAUGGGGCUCUUAGUAAUUUCUAUGGAGUUUUGCCCAAAGCCCCAUGUUAAUGUAGGUCUAGCUCUAGUUAUUUCUUAUGAAUUUGGUCCUAUCACCAUAAAAAAAAAAUUUUAAUUAGUGGAGGCAUCGUUACUUUUAAUCGUAGCAGUUGAUUGUCUA